AUUGCUUCGUACAGCCAUACAUUUUUAUCAAUCAGAUGUGCAUUAGGAACAAAGUCAAUAAUCAGAACUGUAUAAAAGACAAGGGUUUCGGACGUAUUUUUCAUCCUUCUCUCUGCGUUUCAACCACACAGUCGACUCCGCAACAAAAUUGGUUUCUGAGAAUGGGUAAAUUUACCUUCGUCGUCGUGAUUAUGAUGGCAUUGGCUGCAGGACUCCACGCAUCCGAGGAUUUGGAAGUCGCUUGGCACGAUUACCUGUCUAGAUUCCCGAUGGGAGUUCAAACUAAGGCCGAAUACGGACACCGCAAAUCCCUCUUUGGCGAAACGCAUGCCAGGAUUGCCAAGCACAACUCUAACGCAGCUGCUUCUUUCAAAAUGGAACACAAUGAGUUCUCAACUAUGACCGAAGAUGAGAAACAAGCUCGUUUGGGUGGUAUGAAGCCCGAACGUCCUACUUUGCUUCGCCAAAUUUCUAGCCGACAACUGCCCACUUCCAUUGAUUACCGUACUGAUGCGUGCUUGCCAAAGGUAAGAAACCAAGGCGGAUGUGGAAGUUGCUGGACUUUCUCUGCCACCGCAGUGGUUGAAUUUGGCAAGUGCAAAAAGGCCGGCGGAAUUGCUCGCGAUCUGAGUGAACAACAAUUGGUGGACUGCAGCCGGACUAACGGCUGCUCCGGCGGAUGGGAACACGAAGCUUGGAAAUACUUGUCAGCUAACGGUGGUCAAGCGACCGAAAGGUCCUACGCUUACACAGCUAAAGCAGGAACAUGCCGUUUCAGUACUUCGACCAUGUCGAUCGGUGCUAAAGUUUCUUCUUCAGCUUAUGUGGAAUGGGUUGGCACCGUUGAUGGAAUGAAGUCUGUUCUGGCCAGCGGAAUGAUCCUUUCCAUUUACAUGCAGCUUCCCUCCACCUUCUUCAACUACAAGAGUGGAGUUUUUAAUGACGCCAGUUGUGUAGACAAAAAUGCUCACGCCAUGAAUGUUGUUGGCUAUGGAACUUUGAAUUCGGUCGAUUAUUGGGUCGUCCGUAAUUCGUGGGGAAGUGGAUGGGGAGCUGCCGGAUACGUUCUCGUUCGCAGAGGCGUUGACUUGUGCAUGAUUGAAAACUAUUCUCGCACUACAAACAUUGUUUAAGGAACGAUAUUUAAAAAAAUCAGUCAUCUUGUCUACGACCGUAGUUUAGUUUUUGUGGGUUUAGUGUUUUUUCCGGUUAAAGAUAAUACAAUUGUGUUGCAUUGA